ACUUUUUAAAAGUCGAUACUUGUAGACAUUUUGGAAGCAUCGAAAAGCCACUGGAGAAAUAUGAUUCUUGGUUUAGGACUUUAUGUUAUUUAUUUAUGAGAGACUUCAUGGACAAAUAAGGACAAAAACUAGAUAAGGCCGGAAAAAACUUUUAACGGGACACAAGGAGUCAAUAGUCGCGAAAAAUGAGGAAAAAAUCCCAGACGAUAAAUAUGUUGCAUCAAAUUUUGAAGAAUUAAAUUAAGGAGAUUAAUCAUUUUUUAAUUCAUAUAAUUAUACACUUGGGAUAUCAUGGAGAUAUUUUCACAAAUGAUUUUACAAUUAGUGUUUAUAUUGAGCAGGGUUGCUAUCAUAGACAGCUACAAAUCCGCAUAUUUUAAUCUAAUAUCGAAGCAUAGUGUUAUCUUAGGGCACAGCUUGGGGUCUUUUGUUACACGGGGACAGACAGAGUGUGCACAAAUGUGUACACGUGACACUGAGUGUUUGUCCUUUAACCUAGAGCAAGGCACAAAUACAACAAGACUCUGUGAGUUAAACAGAGAUACAAAAACAACAAGUUCCUUGGUGCCAAGAGAAAAUUGGUUGUAUUAUGAGCGUGAAAAAAAGGUACCGAAGAGUUUCAACGUUUAUGCAGCAUGGAUGUCUAAAACUGGUCGAAUAUUUGUCGUAGUAGAAAACCAGGAGAUCUUUGAAUACAAAGAUGUUAACGCAAUUGGACAACCUCCUGAAGCAGUUACCGACAUAACAACUAAACUUGGAAGCAGUGCUGACAUCCCAAUUGGCAACAUUGAUGCUAAGCUUACUGAGGGGCAAAUUGUUGAGAAAAUACACAUGUUUCAAGGGGAUAAGUUGUUCAUGGAUGAUGCAAAAGUUACCAUUACUUCAGCGCAUCCUGACCUAAGAGUAACUGAUAUAGCAUGUGCGUUAAAACGUGAUGCUGACACAAAAAACUUUUUGAAGGACAACACCAUGUAUAACAUAGUUGGAGAAGUCAUAAUAGCUGAUGUGACACUGGCGAAUGAAGGAGUGGACUUCCGUAAUCUCCCAAAGGGAAUUACAGCAUGCACUGAAGCCAACACAAAUAAAAACAAAUUCUUGUUUUUUGUAAAUAAUAAAUUUGUGCUCUAUAACAAACAGAUCAAGAGUAUUGAAAAGAGUGGAUAUCUCAUGGCUCCUCUUAAAUGAAAAACACUAAAUUUUAAUUUUGAUAAAAUGCUAUCAAUGACGGAAUUACUCAAAUAAGAAGAAAGAGUAAAUAAAAACGAAGCAGACAUUAAAGGGUUACAAUAAGCUUCCGAUUUAAAAAAACAAUAUGGUGGCUCCAGGGGAGUCAACUGGAUCUGUCCAUUUUUAACAAAUAAGGGGAGUUUUGUAAAUUCCAGUUUACUGACAUGGUCUUGAAGAUAAAACAAUCAGUUAACAAUGAUUCUG